AUGCUAUUCUUUGGCUUGAGCCAUUUGUCGGCCUCCGCAACAAAGGGCAAGUCAAAUCGGCUGGCUAUCAUGAACGCCCUCAACUUCUGCUGUCUGGCCGGCCGAGUGAACGAGGCAGCCAAGGCGACUGCGCAACGGGCGUUGAACAGCACUGAGGGCAAGCAUUUUGUCAUUCUUCUGCGAGGCGCCGGAAGCUGCCAGUACCAGGGCCUCUACCGGUACCUGCCCGAGUUGGACGCUAUGCUUCGCCUGACGGGAGGCGGGCCAAGACUAGUCAACAACACUAUGAUUCAACGUUUCUACAAGUAG